AACACAUCCAUCACGUAGCUCAGAUAUCCUUCUGAUCACAAUUAUACACUAGUUAUGGACUCCCUUUGGGAUACACGUUGCAUUACAGCUUCUUCUAGUGACGUGGAGUAUAUGACAAGCUUAGGGUUGGAGUCGAAUUUCAACACAGUGAUUGCGGACAAGAUUUUCUACUACCAGCGAGGUCUCAAAGAUGUCAAAGCCGACACGCCGAUUCUAGUAAUGCUCCAUGGCUAUCCCCAAACAAAUUUUAUGUGGAGACAUAUAAUUCCUCUCCUUCCAGAGGACAUCCCCAUAUUCCUCCCAGACCUUCCAGGCUAUGGCAGAUCUUCGCCCCUUUCCAGCCCGCACUCCAAGCGUAACGUCGGAAACGCCAUCCUUUCAAUGCUCUACUCGCUGCUCCCUAGUGCCAGCGAUUCUCAUCCCAUCAUCCUCGCUGGCCACGACCGUGGCGCUCGAGUUUGCCAACGUUUGUCGAUAGAUGCCGCAAGUGACACCCACUUCGCUAUCAGGGGGUCCAUCCUCCUCGAUAUAACUCCGGGCACCGCGCAAUGGCAAAAGCUCGCCGAGCCCCAGGCAACCGUGAGUUGUUACCACUGGUCAUUUCUUCCGAAUGUCGAGCUUGCCACAGCAAUGAUUUUGGCAUUCGGAGGAGACAAGUACAUGCGUACGAAUUUUUCUCGUUGGCAUGGGAAGAACGAGGUCGGAUUGAGACGUUUGAAGGAGAAUGAUGCGGAAAGAGUCUAUGCGGACGCCUUCAAAUACGAGCAUGUCAUUCGGGCAACUUGUGAUGACUAUCGUGCUAGUGCUGAGGAAGAAGUCAAACAGCACGAGGACGACCAGAGGGAAGGCAGGAAACUUGAUUCUGAUGUUUUACUUCUGUAUUCUUCGUCAUUUCUGGCAAGUAGGGGUAGCGUUGAAAUUUGGAAAGAGUGGAUGGGGAAGGGGAAUCUGGAGAUGAAAGGUCUGGGAGAUGGCGUUGGACAUUUCGUUGCCGAAGAAGCGCCCGAGAAAACGGCUGAGGCAAUGGUGACUUUCUACAAUAAUCAUAAUUGAAGUGCGAGGAUGUGAGCAUUUCACAUUCCAAUUUAGGUAUAAGUAGAUCAAUAUAAAGCCC